ACUCCGUCAAGGCCACUUGGCACGGCUAAUGAAUAUAAGUUUGCCCACUUUUUGACAGAAAUUGAAUUUGUUCAUUAUGGAAAGUAACGCUGAUCUGGAAGAAGUUCAAAUUAACGUCAAUGGAACGAACCGUCCUCACGCUAAAUCGAUAGAACAGAAUUUUUCUAGUUCAAUACCGAAUCAUUCUGUUUCUUGCACAGAAGCUCCCGCUGUGUCACUUGAAACAUCAAAUGAAUCGUCUAAGUCACCUACCAUUCUGUCAAGUUCUACUGUAACUAAGAAAGAAAUUCCUCCCGAUUACGUUUUUGGGUCAAAUAUUUCGUCACGCGUUGUGAAUGCUGAUGUGUCAAAAGGUGCCUCGGUUAAUUUAUGGACAUCAACAUCUACAAGUCAUGAUUCCGCCUCGUGUGUUUUUACCACACUGGCUAAAGCAGUUACUGCUUCUCAAGCAAACUUUAAGGAUUCGAAAAAUCUGGAAGAUUCCGCAAAGGAAGUAGCUGAGGACAAGCGGAAGGAAACAUUAACGUUAGCAGAAGUCGACCUAGUUACUGGUGAAGAAGGGGAAAUUCCAAUCAUUCGACAACACUGCCGAGCUCAUAUUUUCGAUGCUAAUAAGCAGAAGUGGAAUAAUAUUGGGGCUGUUCAUUUCCAUUUAAAUGAUAUUCCCAACGACAGUGCGCAAGGAAAUACCAAUGCUUUCUACAGGUCCCGGAUAGUAGUGCGUUUAGUGUCUACACGCAGAUUGUUGAUUAAUACUCUUAUUUGGUCUCAAAUGCCUGCCGCUAUAGUUGACUCACGAACUUUGAGGAUAGGUGCAAUUAAUGAGGAAGGACAUAUCAAAAAUUAUCUUUUUGGAUUUCCACCGGAUGAGUCGGCUUCCAAAAUAUUUGAAAUGAUAAGUUUUAGAAAGUCAAACGCUACUACUCUCCCGUAUGAAAUUUGUCAUGACAUAGCACCUGUUUCAAACAAAGAUAAGGUGACUGGUUGUAAGCGUCAGUUAGAAAUUCAAGCCAAAGCAGAUGUAGAUUGCUCACUCCAUGUACCCCCGAAAAUAGCCAAUACUAAUGUCCUUUCACCUACACCAAGUGUGGUUGUAUUUCCAAAGACUAACAUAUUUAGACCAUCGGUAUUCACUCCAGUUUGUAAAGAUUCAUCCAAUAAUUCAUCGACCCCAAAUCACUCUUGUCAUGUGGGAGAACUACAGUUUCGAAAUUCACCGUUGGAUAACGUUGUUAAACGUCUCUGUGAAAACAAUCCAUCUGGUAGUUCUGAAUCUUCUACACUUCCAUGUAAUAACAAAGUAACUGAACCCCCGAAAUUGUCAUCGGGUGUAAAUUCUCAGAAUAUGCCUAUCAGUUCGGUUUCAAGUAAUCAAUGUGCCGAUUUCAUAUUCGGCCAUAACGUUUCGGAACGCGUCACAAAUGCUUCUUUAUCUACAGUCGUUAACCGUGAUAUCUCUGGCAAGGAUCUUCCAGUCGAGUCUUCAGAGUCAAACGACCACAGAUUAUCUCCAGAAAAAGAAGAGAGUAUAGAUGCUUCUGAGACUGGUGAGGAUUGUACUGUUCUUCCUAGUAAGCGAACAUUAGAAGAAUCUGCCGCUGCAGUAACUUCCGAGAUGCUCGAAAAGUCGACCUAUCUCUUAGCUAAUCUUCCAGAAUCUCCUAUUCUCACUGGGGAAGAAGGAGAAUACCUUACUCUGAAGGCUUACUGUCAUUUUUAUUGUUUUGAUCGUCACAAACAUGAGUGGGCCGGUCGUGGACAGGCUUACAUUCACUUGAAUGAUGUUGCAAUGAAAUCUUCAUCGUUACCUAGUCAAGUCUCCCCUUUUACGUCUGGGCCGCCUGCACGUUCUCGUUUAGUAAUCCGCACGUGCCAAACUUUGAAACUUUUAGCCAAUGUUCCUAUCUGGUCCGGUCUGAACGUUGCUAUGGCUGAUGAACGCUCUAUUCGUCUGACUACAGUCUGUCAUCCGUCAGAAACUUUGAAUGAUUCUCAAAAUAAGGUGAGCUAGUGCCUUGCUCAAUUUCAUCUUCUAAUUACAUAUACUAAUAUCCAUAUCAGUUACCAGUGAUUAAACCGAUUUGAUUAGCAUUUCUUAAUAUGUACCUCCAAUAAUUCUAUUCAUGUACACUGUCUUUGGAUAAGUUGUAAUACAUUCUUUCCUAAUCUUGUAUAUCAGUGACAAUACACCGAAUAAAUUGACCCUCAGCGUGUUGACUAUUUGACUUAAUCUAGUUUCUGUGCCAUCUGUCAUUUAACAGAAGUUAUGUUUGUGAUAAACAUCGCUAGUCGUAUAUUGUCUUUUAUUUCUUUUCCUAAAAAGCGACGAUCAUCUCCAACCACUGAGUAAAACCUGAAUUCCUGGCGUUGCUCCACUGCCUUGUGGACUGAACCUGUGGGUCAAAGGCUCGAGGAGUGGCCCCCCUAAGAAAAUCACCCGCUUCGGUUCGGGCGCCCGGGCAGUAGUCCAGCCUUCACACAAAUCAAAUAACAAAGUGUCGCGCAUAUAUAUUUAGUGCCUCAUUGUAUCAAUGUUUAUGUAUUAAAUAAACAGAUAGAGCCCCUGAUUUCAAUAAUAGGAAAUUUUUGAAAGCAACUACAUUUCAGUGAUAAUUUACGGACAGUUGCCAUUCGAGUUGCUGGGGAUCGCAAUUCACUAUAUAUCAUCUUAUAUUAAAGCAUAUUCUUAUUCAAUUAUCUGUAAAUCAUACUCAUAAUGUUUCAAUUUCAAAGAUAGGAUUGUAUAGUGGUAACAAUAUGGUUGUUCUGGGUUAAACUGGUACAUGGUACUAAGAUUGAAUCCGUUGUUCGUGAAGUUUUUUUAAAGAAGUUUCAACUUAUUAACUGAUACAUUAGUCUAGUUGAAUCUCUUCACUUAAGAAAAUGUAUACCUUUGAUUAAUAGCUUCUGAUUUGUCAUUGAUGUUUUCCUAAUAAAUAAUAUAGUUGCAACUUCAUUUGAAAGGAAUAAGAAUUGAAUAUGCAUAUCAUACAAUGUGUCCCACAAAACAGGACUCAGAUACUGGUAUGACAGUACUAACGAUACACAGUUUCCUAGAUCCCGACGACUACGAUUGGUUUAAACUUCGUGAUUAGACUGUCAAGUGUCCAAAGGACUGUAUAAAUAUUACUAGCAGCAACACAACCUUCAUGAUUAAACGAUGUUUUUUCAAAUUGUUGUAAUGUUAAGAAUACUUAAUGAUAAUUGUCAGCAGAAAGCGUGUUCCUUAAGCUUUACUGAUGACAUUUUAUACUAUUGCUAAUAUAAAGUGAACUCAAUCCAACCGUACAUUGAAGAAAUUGCAUAUUGGUUAAAUCUUGUUUGGCAAUUAUGAAUCGUUUAAUAGAAUUGUAACUGUAUAUUUUUAUAUACUAAUAGUAAUUUCACUUGUGUGGAGGUUGUAGGUUAUUAGUUUGAUUGUUAGAAUCAUUCACUAGGUUUGAAGGACACUUCAGACAGCCAAGUAGUUAUAUUCAAUAGGUGUAGCUUAUAUUGUAUUACUACAUGAACUUACACUGUAUAACAAUCAUAAUAUCUUUGUUUAUCUUAUCGAUCAGCUUCUAUAAACAGGACAUAAUUACAAUGUGGAUAUGUCCUAGACCGUUGGACCACUAUCAUAACUGUAAGUUGUAAGGAACCGCUAUUAUGGAAAACAUUUUUUUGUGUGUAAUCGUACUAACGUACUACAUCUAUUCACGUGGUUGACCAUAUUUACUUUUCCUUUUGUCUGCAUAGCCUUCAUGUUCUAUAGAUUCAGUUGUUACAAAACCAGAAUUUUGUGCUUAUCUACUUGUUAUGCAUUCACAUAAAGAAGCUGACCGUCUUUUUCAAGCUCUUAAUUCGCGUAUAAACACUUUUACUAGUCGUUUAAACGCUAAACCUACAUAUCUUCACGAAACAAAUAGUGCAUCCAACAGUCCUGGUGAUUUUUCUUCUAUUCAUUCCCGUACACAUGGUCAUCUUGAGGAAGGUGAUGACUCUCCUAGUAUUAGUAAAGUUGAUGAGGAAAACCUACGACCAUACAUGAAAUUAGAAAUUGACGAACCUCCGACAGAUGCGAACUCUCAAUCUAUGGGUUUCACACCACCUGACAAUUUGAAUUGAUCUGUCAAGAGAAAAUUACAAGAUUUUUGAUCACAUCCUAAUGUAUCUUAAUAACCUUUCUUCAAGUAAUCCCGUUGUGAAAAAGUGCUAUAAUCUAUAAAAUAUUACAUAUAUCGUUCAUAUGUAUACGUACAUUUAUGAAGUUUCCUCCUAUUAUAUACACAUACAUGUCUAUUUAUUAUGUUGAUACCAUACAAUCUUGAAUAUCAAGGUUUUGUUUGUUAUUUCAACUUAUUCGUCUAAUACACUCGUUAACUCUGUGUUUUAAUAUUAGAAACUAGUAAACAAAUAACCAAUCAAGUAUUUAUUUCUGUUCGUUUUUACAUUUUCUGAAUUAAUUUAUUCACUCACUAUAUUGUUGAAUGUUUCAAAGAUCUUUUUUAAAAAUAAUUGUAGCUACAACAUGAACACAGAUAUAUUUGUAAGAAAAAAGGGUAAAAACACAGCAAUUUAGCAUUUUU